AUGGCUUCUGUGGUAGGAGAGAUCUCCCGUGCGGAACUGAAAGACACUCAUCUCAAGAAAGUGUCCAUCACCAACGUGAAGCAUUUGUCUUCAUAUAAUUGGAUUGAAGCAGCCUCACCUACGAUCGCUGUGCCCGGGAGCCCUGCCCUCUGGACCCCGCCGACGACCCCGAAAAAGAUAGAUAAAGACACUGGUUUGAUUUACAUAGCGCAGAACACCGCUCGCCAUCCCGACAGUCCACUCGAGCCGCUCUUCCGCUCCCUGUAUAUCGAGAACCCUUCCUUCAGAAUCGACUCGGUCGAUCUCGUGACGGACCGCAACAACAUCCGCAAGCUUCUAUCAUUUGUCAGUCCACCAUUAUCUAAGAAUAGGCAAGAGCCGUGGGUCAUCAGCGCCGAACUAGUCAAGAACACUAACACCGUCAUCUUCUGCCGUUGGGAGACGAAGACCUCGGAAGUGAUCGGGCCGCACGAGUACAAGGGAUUUGGGCACGAAUUCGGGAAGGCUUUCACAACGGAGCAGGUGCUGGGUAGCACUGGUCACCAUAGAGUCAUCUCGUACCAACUUGGACCCUUGAAGCUGAUGGUCCGCCACGAAACAGACGGGUAUUUCGGUGCAUCGUCUGCGAAGGCGUCGGCUGGGAGUGAGAAUGUGGGAGUUAAUGUUUCCUCCACAUUCCUGCCGACCUUCGCGCUUGGUCUAUCAUCUCUGAGCUCGCCUGAAGCAGCUGCGGUCGGGUCGAAGCUGAGGAUCAAGAAAGAAGGCCAAGCUAUCCCCAUUCAAUCCACCUUGGAAAUCAAAACACGCGCCGCUCAUCGACCUCUGAGCAUCCGCCAAGUUAUUCCUCAGCUCUGGGUGUCCCAGACCCCGAACCUUGUGCGCGCAUACCAUACGCAGGGAGUGUUCGAUGAGGCAAAAGCCGAAGAUGUGACAUGUGAGAUCAGAAGGUGGGAAGAGGAAAAUCAGGAUAUUAUCAAGAAGCUGAUAUUACUGAUCGAGAAGAUCGUCAACCAGGUUAAAAAUUGCGGUGGACAAGCUGUGAUCAAAUACGAUGAACGGCGUGAUAGGCUGGGCAUAUGGAAAGUGGACAGGGAGAGGAUGCUGCCUGACGACCUUUACAACAGAUUUCACGAGGACUUAUCGAAAGUAAAGGACGACUUCGAUUCCCGUUCAUGA